CGUCGCCCUCCAUCCCUCGCCACCAUGUCGAAAGCCUCCCAGCCAGAGCUCAAAAAGUUUAUGGACAAGAAGCUCUUCGUCCACCUCCAAGGAGGCCGCAAAGUUAGCGGGACGCUGCGCGGGUACGACCUGUUCUUGAACCUGGUCAUCGACGACGCCCUCGAGGAGACCAACCCCGCGCAAAAGCACCCCAUCGGCACUGUUGUCAUCCGCGGCAACAGCGUUACUUCGAUGGAGACACUAGAGGCGAUACGGUGAUGCGACCUGUGGUAUGUUGGGCUCGGUCGUGUUCUGUAUAAUACCUGUAUUGUUAUCCUCCCCUGCUUGUUGCCAAGUGUCGCCCCAAACUUCCACCUCUGGAUGCUGCCAAACCCUCUUCCAAAUCCCAACGAAAAUUCU